GGACACUUCUUUUACUGAACCAUCUCUCCUCCUCUACCAAAAAGUUAUUUCACACCCACCUCAAUCAACCAUCAUGUCGACUCUUCUUGUCAACAAGCCACUCCUUGGCCCCCUCGUCGGCCUCAAUGUUUGGACUUUUGCUAUGGAAGCUCUGCUAUACAUACGCAGAACUCCAGCGCUGUCCAAGUACGGCGUCACGUUCGACCCAAAUACUGUCAAAAAGCAAAAAGCAGAGAAACUGCCUCCUUUCGUACAAUGGCCGGCGGAUAACUUCAACAAUCUGCUGGAACAACCUACCCAAUUCUACGCAGUGUUGCUUGCGUUAAGCUUGAUGGAUGUCAAGGACAAGACUACCGUACGCUUGGCGUGGGGUUACGUGGGUCUGAGAGUCCUUCACAGCCUGAUACAUGUCACGACCAACAAUGUUCUUUUGCGCUUUCCGGUUUUUGCCACGAGUUCGGUUGUGCUUUUGGGGAUGACAGCCAAGGCGGCUUGGGAGCUUUUCUUUUAAAAAGCGUGUUGUCUAGCGGGGGCGGGCGGUUGUUGUCACGGGCAUCAGCCGUGAUUACUUACCUCUAGUUACCUAUGUAUGUAGAGUUAAAGUUACGUCCCGCUGCAAAAGCAUAUCCUUUACAGCUAUAGGCUUCUCUGUUGCACGACCUCGCGCAAUAACAAACAUUAUACACCUGUC